AAGGCGGGUCGGAACCUUGUGAAUUCAGCUGUAUCUCCGCGAUAAAACCAUAAUCCUCAAUCACUGGGACUAGCUGUUGUAGUGAAUGGACGUGUCCUAAAUCGCUCCGGCUUGUCAUGUAGAAUUUCAAACUUUUCGAGAUGAGCGAGGCAGAGAAAUAAGUAAAAGCACAAGAUGCAAGUACAAAUAGUCAGAGGGCAGAAAAACGACGGAAGCGUUCGCGUACGAAAAGCUCGCAAACAGAAAUGGAGGACAGCCAUUACAAGUGUGUUUGCAACCACGCACUACUCGUGGACAAGCUAGAGUUAAUGAACGCAAAACCCGACUCAACUAUGCUAGCCAUUAAACAGCUACAAGGAAUGAACGCACUCUACUCAUGGACAAGCUAGAAUUAAUGAACGCACUACUCAUGGACAAGCUAGAAUUAAUGAACGCAAAACCCGACUCAACUAUGCUAGCCAUUAAACAGCUACAAGGAAUGAACGCACUACUCAUGGACAAGCUAGAGUUAAUGAACGCAAAACUCGACUCAACUAUGCUAGCCAUUAAACAGCUAGAAGGAAUGAACGCACCACUCAUGGACAAGCUAGAAUUAAUGAACGCAAAACUCGACUCAACUAUGCUAGCCAUUAAACAGCUACAAGGAAUGAACGCACUACUCAUGGACAAGCUAGAAUUAAUGAACGCAAAACCCGACUCAACUAUGCUAGCCAUUAAACAGCUACAAGGAAUGAACGCACUACUCAUGGACAAGCUAGAGUUAAUGAACGCAAAACUCGACUCAACUAUGCUAGCCAUUAAACGGCUACAAGGAAUGAACGCACUACUCAUGGACAAGCUAGAGUUAAUGAACGCAAAACCCGACUCAACUAUGCUAGCCAUUAAACAGCUACAAGGAAUGAACGCACUACUCAUGGACAAGCUAGAGUUAAUGAACGCAAAACCCGACUCAACUAUGCUAGCCAUUAAACAGCUACAAGGAAUGAACGCACUACUCAUGGACAAGCUAGAGUUAAUGAACGCAAAACCCGACUCAACUAUGCUAGCCAUUAAACAGCUACAAGGAAUGAACGCACUACUCGUGGACAAGCUAGAAUUAAUGAACGCAAAACCCGACUCAACUAUGCUAGCCAUUAAACAGCUAGAAGGAAUGAACGCACUACUCGUGGACAAGCUAGAGUUAAUGAACGCAAAACCCGACUCAACUAUGCUAGCCAUUAAACAGCUACAAGGAAUGAACGCACUACUCAUGGACAAGCUAGAGUUAAUGAACGCACUACUCAUGGACAAGCUAGAAUUAAUGAACGCAAAACCCGACUCAACUAUGCUAGCCAUUAAACAGCUACAAGGAAUGAAAAAGCAGAUCUAUACUCUGGAACAGGAAAACCAAGAAACGCAAGAAGAGAUUAUAACGAUCAAGGAAGAAUUCAAGAUGGCGGACACGAAGCUUGAAGAAAUGUCAAGUCAAGUCAGCCCGCCUGCAAGGCGCACAUUAAGUUUGAUAGGCUAUUUAUUAACGGUGUGCUUUACACCGGCCCGGAAGGGUAUAGAGCUUAUUAGGUUACCACUUGAAAUCAGUUUCUCUCCAUAUAUACUUGCAAAUGUACUUAGGAAAUUAGAUGCCGCCUGGAAACGUUUCAUCUGGAAACGUUUUAUCUCGGAUUUCCCAGUAGAAUUUACGCUUGAGUCCAUUAUUUCUAGAUCAGUUUUAAAGGCGGCCUUAAAUUUGUCAUCUAGCAGAUAGCAAAAUUGUUGAUGCAAAACUUGUUGUUUUUCCGUACGCAUAAUAAUCAGCACUGUUUAUGCAUCAUGCGACAUUUUUCAAUGUUUUAUUGUAAUUUAUGUUUUUUCCUGUUCAUUGUCUUUCAAAUAGCAGCUACACACCUCCUUCUAUUUUCUGAAUGCACAGCUCAUUAUAAACCGUAAUAUGCCUUUCAAUAUCACUGCUUGCUCCUUAAAUGCACGCGAAAUGAACACAACAAAAAAGCGCAGGCAAAUCUUUAGAUGGUUGCACAAUCAAAAAUACAGACUAAUUUCAAGAAACCUACAGCAGCAAGUCCCUAGAGAAGAUAUGGGCGGCGGAAUGGGGUGGACCAAUAUUUUAUAGUCACGGAAGUAAUCACAGCAAAAGUUUGAUGGUUUUGAUCAAUCCAAAACUUGACGCACAGAUUUCAAACUCUGUUACGGAUAAAAAUGACAGGUAUUUGAUCCUUGAAAUCACAAUCGAAGACUCUCCGUUUGUCCUUGUCAAUACCUAUGCGCCUAAUGACAUA